UUUUGCCAAAUUUAUUCUUGUUUGUACCAUAACGGUUGCUCCAAUUUCAUUAGUGACAAUAAAGGCAUAGUGGUUUUCCUGAUUCUCACUCCAGACCAGUAGGUGGCGGUAAUGCGCCCCAACGUCAAACGCCAUUUUUAAAAACAACACCAGAAGGAGGAGGAGGAGGAGGGGUAACGACAAUAACAACAACAAUGGAGGUCACUCGCCAGCUCGUCGUUCUCGUGCUUAGCUUAUGGUAUUUCACAUAUGCAAAGAAUUUAAUGCUAUUUGCUAGAAGGUUGCGAGAGGCGAAGAAGAACACCGCCGAGAAGAGGAGGAAGCUUCUGGCGUGGAUCUCCAGUCGGGAAAAGAUGUGCAAGCUCGUGCUGCAGAGACAAAGACGUCGACGCCACAUGAUAAUGCUUCAGCUUCUCUUGAAGAACCAACGCCGCAGCCCGGUCGUCUGGGCUUUCAGCCGCGCCAGCGAGUGGUGGAACGUGACCGUCCCGGGAUUCACGGACACUCAGUGGGUGCAGAAUUUCCGAAUGACCCAGGAAACCUUCACGUACCUCUGUGCGAGGCUCCGUCCAGCGAUGGAGAAGAAAAACACCAACUUCAGAGCCUGUCUGCCCUUGAGAAAAAGAGUCGCCAUUGCUCUUUGGAAGCUGGCGACCAACAGCGAGUACCGAAGCAUCGGACAUUUGUUCGGUGUCAGUAAGUCGUCGGUGUGCCGGUGUGUCCAGGACCUCUGUAAGGCUGUCUGCGCAGUCUUACUUCCAGAACUGAUUCGAUUUCCUGACCCGGAGAAGCUUAAAGACAUGGCCGACCGUUUUGAAACCAGGUGGGGGCUUCCUCAGUGUGUUGGUGCCAUAGGGGGUUCUCACAUUCCAAUUAUAGCGCCACAAGAACACCACACCGACAACUACCUCAACCCGAAAGGCCGGCAUUCCAUCCUCCUCCAGGGGGUCGUGGACGGAGAAGGACAGUUCUGGAGUGUGGAUGCUGGACAGCCUGGGAGUCUGCACCACGCUGGCGUUCUGAGGUCGUCCUCAUUGUGGGACUUCGUCCAGCAGGGGGGGCUGGACCCCGCUUGCACUAAGAACAUCGGGGGGGUCAGUGUGGGGUACUACCUGCUGGGUGACUCCGCCUACCCUCAGAUGAACUGGAUCCUGAAACCGUUUCCGGAGAACGGCCGACUGACUGCCGAACAGCAAACCUUCAACGAGAAAACGUCGAGCGCCCGGGUCGUCGUUGGACGAGCGUUCGGGAGGCUGAAGGGUCGCUGGCAGUGUCUGUUAAAGAGGAACGACUGUGACAUUGAACUGGUCAACUCCAUGGUGCUGGCGUGCUGUGCUCUACACAACCUUUGUGAGAGUCGCGGAGAAGACUACCAGCAGGAAUGGGAGACGGCUGAAGAAGAGCCGGUCCCGUCAACGCCACCAGACGUAGACGAGGAGGAGAGUGAAGAACGCCGGGGUCUGAUGAGACACCUGAACACUCAAUGAUGUGCAAUUCAUUCUCUUUGUACAGAGCUAAUGGUUUUUAUGUUAUGCUGCUUCAAGAAAGUGUUUUAAUUCAUUUCCAUAAAAUUGCUUUUAUGUUUUUUAUUAAAGAAAUCAAACAACAAAAGGUUUCUUUAACAUAACUUUUAUUUAAGAAAUACAAAAUAUUACAACAUUACAGUAUUAUAAUAAAAUAUUAUGGGAUGGUAAGUCAGGUAUUUGGAUAUAAGUAUACAACCAUUUUUUAAAUGUAAUCCUCAGAAUACUAUAUCAGUCACUGGAAAUGAGGCUCAGCUGUUCAGUUAAAAUGGAGGUUUGACCUUUUGUGUCAAAGGUCACCAGUUUGACCUUUUUGUUUUAAAGCUAAAAACAGCAGAAAACUCUCUUCCUGUUUUCAACAAUAAAACAUUCGAAUAGUUUGUCGCAAGAAUAAAAACUGAUUCAUACUAAAUGUAGUUUGAUAAAUUUACCUUGAAUUAGUAGAGACUAAAUUAACAUAUUAAAUAAUUUCAUCCCUCUAUAAGAAAACUAAUGUUAACACUUAUAUCGUUUCCAACCACAACAGGAUUUGAACUCUCAACCUUUUGAUCCAAGGUCAGAAACCUUAUCCAUUAGGCACAUGGUCAGUUAAGGGACUUACAGAUAAGAUAUCAAAGUUCCUUUCCUUAUAUAAGUUCGCUUUCUUCCACUCCCUUUCAAGCGAUCUACUUGUGAUUCAUUAAGUGAUAUGUUAUGUAUUUGUCAAGGAUUCUGUGAUCUGGUUUUGUUAUGUUCUGUUCUCCCUGUCAGUCUCACCAUGUUCCAGUCAAAUCACCCACAACUGUCUCCAUUUAGUUAAUUGUCCUCAGCCUAUUUAAGUGUCUGGUCUUCAGUUCUGCAUUGUCAGGUCAUCUGGUCUG